CCCCAGUGAAACGUCGCAACCAUCGACUUGAUCACUCACCUUCUCCGUCGCGACGCAACAGCGAUUUGGCAUCACCAUCGCUCAAUACACAAUCUAAACCACCAUAUCCAGAAAAGACAACCGAGGAAAAUGCCCACCAUCGAAGCGCCCAAGCAGCAAGAGCCCAUGGAAGCCGUGAGUCGGCAAGAGAGUGGCUCGGGCAAGAUCAUCGCACAACAGCCGAAGCGCGAACCACGCCCACAGCUCGAAAAUGAUAUGUCGUUGCGAGGCGGUGCCAUGACGCUGGGCUGUAGCUGCUGUCAUGGAACGUUUUCAUUCCACAAAAGGUGCUGCUGAGGCGUGGGCUCUCUGGAGAGAUUCAUAUCUGGGGUGGUUAUCGAAGGGCCGGCGACGGCAUGUAGUUAUGUUAGCGACUGAUAUUUGAAUGCCUUGCCUUUGCGGUGCUUUGGAGCUGGAACUGUUUGGGUCGCUUGCAGCAGAAGGAUUCGCUCUACACCACGCAAGGCCCAGCGCGCUGAUCGCUGGAUAACGUACCCUUGAGAGUUCCACGUGACAGAAUGCUGGGCCAGCAAGUUUGAUCCAAUAAUUUUGUUCGGACAAACUGUCGUUUGCUAUCUGCGCGAUCUGGCGAUGCGGGACCCGAUGGUGUGGACCACGUCACGAAGACGCUGG